GGUCACUGUUGUUAUGAUGUAAAGCCAAACCAAAAAUUCCAAACUGUCAUGCCGGACGAACGAAAGUAAAGCCAUUUACGCCGUUUUUAAUUGCAUUUCCCGACCGCGUACACCACCAAUUUCUCUCGGGAUCGGUUGCCUAAAAUAGGAUGCUAUGAAACUAAGCGGCACCAUCAUUGCCAAAGGUCUAGCUGAGAUGCCGAAGACUCUGCUAAACGGAGUGGGAAUGAAUGUCGUCGAGUCCGUUGAAGUGGAUGCUGCCUCGAUGGUUCACGUCCUCCAAGACCAUCUCAGCAAGAAUUUACAGGAGAAGAACAUGACAAUUAAGGAGGAGCGCUAUUCUUGCGAUUUUGAUCAUAUGUACACCAGCACCAACGUCCAUGACAAUGGAGAAGUUCGGCAUAUCAAGGAGAUGUCACUUCUGCAUCUUGAUGUCAUCCAGCACCAGUCGGAAGAACUUGUCAGAAAGGACAAAAUCAUCGCAGCACUAAAAAAGGAGAAUGAAAUGCUUCAACAAAGAGUCGAGAGAAUGGAGAGGCGCGUCAGUUUAAACCACAAAACUAAAGUUGUCGAAGUCUUCCCCAACACUUCUGCGUCAACAUCGCCAGAGGCUGAAGCUGCAGCUCCAGUUACCUCCCCCGUUGUGCAGCUACCAACUCCACCGGCAACGGCCACAAAAUCUCCACCUUUAACUGAAAAGCCCUUUCCAAAGGCAGAGGACCCUGCACAACCGCCAGAGGGUCCUCGUAUCAGCGGCGGGAAAAGUAGUCUUGGAGCGCAGCAACAGCAGCAGAAAGUUACCGCAGCCGUGCCGGAGAGGCCAACGCGUAGUUGUCGCAACUCAUCUGCAGCUACCCCGGACAGUGGCUCUGCCAAGAGGUCUGCAAAUAGCAGCGAGGCACCGUCUAAGUCAGCAGAAUCAACAGAAAUGAUGGCUCGAAGAUCUAAACCGUGUCCAGUGAGACGGAAGACAAGCGAAUCAGCUGGGAUUGCUUCUGAAGCAACCACUCCGAAAGCAAGAGGGGCUCCCAUUGCCACAAAAAAGAGACUGUAUGUGCCUGGCACACCCGACAUGAGCUUGUGGGACAUCAUAAACAACCCUGAGAAAAAGGUUAAAACGGAAAAAGUUGUUAAUAACAACAGCUCAAGCCAGCCACAAGAAGCCACUGCAGAAUCUGAGCUUGAGGUUCCUACGUGGAGAAUAAAGCAGUAUACCAGCUGCUAUUCCAUGGAAGGAACUGAAAACCUAGACGAUGAGGUGUUUUUAAAAAGACAUUCAAGAUUGGAGCUUGAUGAGAAACGGAGAAAACGGUGGGACAUCCAAAGAUUGAGGGAGCAGCGCCAGUAUGAGAAACUCAAGCAAAAGCAGUUCUCGCAAAUCAUAACUACCCCUGCUUCAAGCAACCGAAGGUCGAAACAAGCUAGCAAGGAAACGCCUGUUGUACAAGAACCGGAGGCGCUGUGGCCAAGCAUCGAAAGCAUUGAGUACAUAGAAGUCACAAAAUACCUGCCGCUUGUCGCAUUCGGCUCUCCUGUUCCACACAUUUCGGCCAGUGAUUUUGAACUUCCUUGGAGCUUCAGAGAGCCAGAUGUAAAAGAGGAGGAAGACGACAAGCCAAAGCGGAGACGAUCGGCUUUUGCGUCAACCAUGUCUGCCACACCACCCCCUCAGCCUGCAAACACCAGACAAAGAACAGUUUCCUCUCCCUCCACCUCGGCAGUUAAUCUCCGAAGCAGCAGACGCAGCACAAUAGCUGCCACAGCCCCUGAACCAAGGAGAACCACGCGGAGACGUUGACAAACACAAAACUAAAUUAUGGUCUUGCCUUACAAACUGGUUACUGUGAAAACGAAUCGUGCUGAACACUGCAUGCUUUCAAAUCAGCAAAAUUAUUUUGCUAAUGAAAGACUCCAAAGAAAAACAUAAUUUGAAUUACAGGCACUCAAACAUUAUAACGGCUUAGCUCACACAAAAAAUUGUUUCCAGACAUAGAUUGGUAUUCCCUUCUUUAUGUUACCAAAUAUCUUGGUAAUUACGCCAGUGUUAUCUACUUCACAGAGAAUACUAACCUAGAACAAGAAAAUUGCGUUUACAUUUUGAUUUAAAGUUCUCAUUUUUUGAAUACAGGUCAUGUUAUGGCAUCAAGAGCCAAAGAAAGAAUUUGGUCGUAUUGUUCAUUUUUGCAUUGGUUCACAGAAUCAUGACCGCAGUACAAUCAUUUUCCUGAAAUCAUUGUGGAGAGCAUUUAUAAGAAAUGCUAAACAGUUUUACUGUUAUUCUGUGAUCGCGUUCUGUAUCUGCAUUAUUUGACAUUUAAUCCACCUCAACUUGAUUCCAUAGUUGUAUUUUCAAGUAAUAGCGUCAAGAAUAGUUGGGAUUAUACUGUAUGUUUAAUUUAUUGCCGACCUGUUAAUUUUGGAAACCUCGACUUGAUCAGUGUGUUGAAUAGUUCAGCUGGUUUUUAGAAUAAAAUAUAUGAAAAUGUACAAAGUUAA